AGUUUUCAGUCUAAUGCAGAUGUGUUUCUUUUUUGAAUUCUAACCUGACGCCUUUCCCAUCAAGUGUUCUGUGUCUUGGUUGGGACAACUAUUUAAAGUAGGACGAGGAUGACCGGCAACAAACUGCCCCGUAAGAUGCAUGUGCCAUCUGGUCGUUCUCUUAAAGUUUUCCCGCUUGGAGAGAGGGGGUGUGUGUCAACGAAGGAAGAAUAAAGAGAGACCAAGGCUUCUCGUUAUCGGGACGAAAACCGUAUGUUUCGAGACAAGGGCAAAAAAAUGGAAAGAAAUAGAAAGGGGUCUGUGUGGCAGCCUCAUCGAUGUUUAUUUUUCACCUGUUUGGAUCAUACCAAACACACACACCCUCCUCCUCCUCCUCCCCCUCGUCCUCCUCCCCAGCCAUGCCGCCGGGCUGUUGCCGCUUUACGAGCUUCACUCCCCCACCCCCCUUCGUCUCCCUUUUCGCUUUGUCUCGUAAGCGGCAGGGUUGCAGCAUGUACCGGGUGUUUUCCUCGCAGAGGGUUGGUCUCACGUGCUUUGACGACUCGGCCGAGGAGGCCUUGGGACAGGGUGAGGUGGAGGUAGGGGGCUGCUGUUGCGAAGCUUGUUUGGCGAUACCCCUCGGCAUAAAACGCCACCAGCCUCGACGUACGGAGGUGUCCGUCUACUCAGGUCCCCGAGGGUGGAGGGGGGGCGGGGGCGGGGGCAGGCAGGUUUGCCGUUCUGCGGGGAGCGAGAGGGCGAUCAUGGGUGUUGACGGCACAUCUCAAGAUGCAUUCGGUGCGCUGGUUUUGCCUUGCUUGGAAAGACAUAGGCUGUCCAUUGUCUUUAUGCGGCGUGCGUCUGUGUGCGUGUGUGCUGGUCGCGUGGCAGAGGCGGGGGGGAGGAGACCAUGGCCCGGUGAUACGGGGCGGCUGUGAUGCGGCUCUUUCGAGUGGGGGAGUGUGGAAUGUGAGCCAUCCCGCCGGGCCCGUCGGGCAUAAGAGGGGAAAAUGCCAACACGACAGCCGACGCUCUUUACUAAACGGCCCGUCUGACAGAUGUAUGCAGUAAUGCUCAU